UUUGCAGCAGUGCUGAGUGAGAAUGACUGAAUAUUUGUGUUCUGCACGACGCCCUACGUGAAGAUGAAAAGGAGAAGUGGGUUUUUAAAAGGUAUUUUGAAGUAUGGGACAAUAGUUGCAGUUGGCAUUUUCAUCUUUUAUGUGGUGAAAUCAAGCUUUGGUUCUGAAGAAUGUGAUUUGACGAAAAUCCAGUAUAUGAGCUCUGAGCAUGCAAAGAGCGCGCAAAAGUACGCUGAGCAAGUUUUGCAAGCUGAGUGUCGUCCAUCUUUUGUGAAGAAACAGAUGAGCAGGUUAUUUGCAGAGAAAUACAGUAAAGAGACAUCUCCAUUUCUAAGGAAAGAUAUAAAUGCACAAAUGGAUGCCUUCAAAUACGAGCCACCUUUUGGAUUUCACAAGUUGUCAGAAAAACUUCAAGAUGUGUUGGAUCUCCUACCUGAACAUGAUUUACCGGAGAGCUUCCAGUUGAAACACUGCAAGCGUUGUGUUGUUGUGGGGAAUGGAGGAGUCCUUCAUGGAUUGGAAUUGGGCUAUGCACUGAAUCAGUUUGAUGUUGUUAUAAGAUUAAAUAAUGCCCCUGUUCAAGGAUAUACAGACCAUGUUGGUAAUAAAACUACCAUAAGAAUGACCUACCCAGAAGGUGCCCCCCUCUCUGAACAGGAGUACUAUCCAAAUGGCUUGUUUGUCGUGGUUUUAUUUAAAAGUGUUGAUUUGAGUUGGAUUCAAGCAAUGGUGAAAAAUGAGUCACUGCCACUCUGGAUCCGAUUGUUCUUUUGGAAGCAGGUAGCUGAGAAAAUCCCUGUGUUGCCUAAACAGUUCCGCAUCUUGAACCCCAUAAUCAUUAAAGAGACAGCUUUGGAUAUUCUGCAGUAUCCUGAACCUCAACCAAAGUUCUGGGGAUGGAAUAAGAAUGUACCUACAAUUGGUGUCACUGCUGUUGUUCUGGCUACACAUUUAUGUGAUGAAGUGAGUUUAGCUGGCUUUGGAUAUGAUCUCAGCCAACCCAACACACAGUUGCAUUAUUAUGAUAAUCUUUGCAUGGCUGCAAUGAAUGGACAAACGAUGCACAAUGUGACCACUGAAACAAAAUUCCUUCAGAAGCUGAUAAAAGAGGGAGUCGUGAAAGACCUCAGUGGAGGCAUAUACUGUGACUUCUGCCCCAAAACAAGCUGAUGAUUGAAGCGGAUCCCACUGGUGUGUAUUUUUGUAGGCACCUCUUCUCUAGAGAGACCCUGUCAGUAUUUCCAUCGUGCAAAUGCUUCCGUUUUUAAUGUCAUAGCUGAUUUUUUUUUUUUUUUGUAUUUCAUUUUCCAUAAGAAAUUUGGGUAAUUAAGCUUCCCAUAUAUGUAUUUAUAUCUAUUAAAUGGUUUAAGCGUGA